UAAAUAGACCAGCAUAUCCUAUGAAAGAUUGAGUGAAGGUUGAUGUGGUAAUCUGAUCUUUUAUCUGGAUAAUUUUUACAAUUUUGCUGAGAAAAAUAUCCAUAAAAAAGUUUGUAAUAGUGUAAAGUUUUAUGUUCUAAAUGUAGCUCAGAAAAUGCAGGAUCCAAGAAUCUAUCUGUAGUGAUUGAUAUGAUGGAAAUAUAGAGCAGAAAUUCUUCUCUUUACUGGUUAAUGAAGCUUUGAAUUAAGAAGUAAAGGUGAUUAGAUUUGUAAGUUUUACAGUGGCAUGAAAUGGCAUAAAUUCACAAGUUUUUUGAGGACAUGGAUUGAUUUGUGUAAAACCACUGUAAUGUAAAUUAUGGUCUUUGUGUGGUAUUCUAGUCAGAUGUUGUUACAGCAGACAAUUUAUUCCAGACAGUAAAUAACAAGUUUUCUUUUCGUUGGCUUUGGUUGGCAAAUGAAGUGUGCUAAGAGGAUUUUUUGUCCAAAAUUUCUAUAAAAAUUAUUUCGCAAAACUUUCGGAGUUGUUUGUGUGGGUACUGCUAUGUGGGAGGGGAAAACGCUGGAGUUUCUUUCGCGCAAUCUUCAGAUUCAAGGGCAACUUCUUCAAGGAGCUCAAGGGCAUGAGAGCCGGAAGCAAUGGGACUGUGUGGUGAACGAGGUGGACAUUGGCCAGCCAUGCCUCGCCUGUGAGGACAAGUGUACGGGAUUCAAGGCCCAUGAAUGGAGGAGCACCUGUGUAGCCUGUGGUUGUCCCCGCGAGCUACACGACAUCUACAAUGAGAACUUUGUCAAUGUGAGGGACCGUCUGGGUUGGCAACGGGAGGAUGACCCUGGAUCCACUUCAACCAAGGAACACACCCUUCGCCAGGGCUUCUCCUGGGUACCCCCAGGGCUCACAUCAGAACAGAUAGAGGAGUACAUGGAUCAGUUACCCAACCACAAGGUGCCUCGCCUUCACUCACCAGGAGAGAAGUACCGGGACAUUCAGCUCAUAUAUCAGCUACCCAAACAGGACCUUUCAGGUGACUACUGUAAGACGCUGUGUGGUCCAAUGGAGAUGAAGGAGUUCAAAGUGUUCCGGGAACUCCGCGACAACAUCGCCAUGGAUAUCGCCAACAUCAAACCUGCAAUAUCAAACACCAGCUGUUUUACAUGUGGCGGUGAGAUUGAGAAAGGUGAGCUGGUAGUCUUAGCCAGCAAAAUGAGCACAGAUGUGUGUUUCCACCCAGCAUGUUUCUUGUGUACAACGUGUGAGGAACUCCUCGUAGACCUCACCUACUGCCAGCACUCCCGUAAACUGUACUGUGAACGACACUACGCAGAGCUCAUACGACCCCGAUGUCCUGCCUGUGAUGAGUUGAUAUUUUCGUCGGAGUACACGAAGGCGAUGGAUCAGAACUACCACAAGGAUCACCUGGCCUGCAAGAACUGUGACAAGAAGCUGAUAGCGUGUCGCUACAUUCUGAAGGAGGAACACCCUCACUGCAUACCUUGCUACCAGGAACUGUUCGCCCACAACUGUGAGGAGUGCAAGAAACCCAUCGGCCCAGAUUACAAGGACCUGUCCUACAAGGAUCACCACUGGCAUGAGUUCUGCUUCAAGUGUUUCGAGUGCCAGAAGACACUGGUCGAUCAACCCUUCGCCCCCAAGAAUGACCGCAUUUUCUGCUCUGAUUGUCACGACAACAAUUUCGCAGCGCGCUGUGAUGGCUGUACCCAGCCGUUUAGGGGAGGUAUGAAGAAGUUUGAGUACAAGGGGAAGCAGUGGCACGAGGAAUGCUUCACAUGCAUGGUGUGUAACGAGCCAAUCAGAAAUAAGAGUUUCAUCCCGCGUGAUGAGCAGGUUGUCUGUGUACCGUGCUAUGAGAGGGAUUUCGCCCAGAAGUGCACCAAGUGUGCUGGGGUCAUCAACAAGGGUGGAGUUGCCUACAAGAAUAUGCCGUGGCACCGAGAAUGUUUCACGUGCACCAACUGUAACAAGGAGCUGGCGAAGGAGAAGUUCACAUCCAAGGAUGAUAAGCCAUACUGUGCCGACUGCUACGGGGAUAUGUUUGCCAAGAAGUGCUGCAGGUGCACUAAGGCCAUCACUGGUUUUGGCGGCACCAAGUUCAUCUCGUUUGAGGAGCGUCACUGGCACAGCGAAUGUUUCGUCUGCUACAAGUGUGACGCGUCCAUGGUGGGACGCGGUUUCCUGGUCAACGAGGGAGACAUUCUCUGCCCCGAUUGUGGCAGAAAUUAAAUGCCACACUGCCCUAGGAGUUACUUAAAUUUUUAUUUAAUUUUUAAUUUUAUUCAACUAUUUAGCAUACCUAAGUGUUAGGUAAGAUUAAGCGUUAUUGUACAAGGAUUUUUCGUAAUCCAAAUUAUGUGUUAUGGUUGGAAGACCUAUCCAUAAUAGUUGCACUGGUCAUAAUUAUGGCAUAGGGACUCCGUAAAACUGUUCAAGAUAACAUGAAUGCAGAUAACAUGUGUAUAAAAAAUGUUCAGUAUGGUUUUUAAAUAGCAUGGAUUAAUAUUAUGAAUAUUUAAAGUGUAUAUGCCUUUAUAGCUGGUAAGAAAUGUUGCCAUGAUGAUGGAAAUAUGACAUGAUAUGUUUGAAUGUAUUUAUCAUUAUUAUCCUAGUCAAGUAAUUGAUCUUCAGCUUAACAUCUUUAUUGAAAAUAUUUACUUCUUUGUGAAUUGUUUUUGUUAUAGUAUGGUUAAAACAUAUUAAAGGUGAUUGUGGUAAUCAUAGUAAGCUACCAAGAGCUGAUCAUGUACCUACAUGUAUAUUUGAUUUCAAAACAUAUUGUGCUUUACUACAAAAAAAAAGUUUUCGACACAAAUAAUUAUGUUCUUAAAUACAGUUUUUGAUGACUGUUAUGAAUGUCUUUCAAGUUGUGAAUCUCAAAUGAAUUAUUGUGCUGUAUUUCAUUGAUGAUGACAUUGUAAAAUAGCGAUGUAUGAAGAUAUGAUGGAAUACAAUGUACAUGUUUAAAACUGUUCUUUGUAAAAUAACAACAACAAUGGAAUAGUUAGGUGUGUUUAUGAAAUCUUGAUGAUAAAGAUAGCUUGUUAACAAAGGACUUUAAAUCUAUUUAUUUAAUCUCUAUUUUAUUUUAAUUUAGUUAGUAUAUUCUAUAUAUACAGUUUGUACAGCAGGGCUGUUUAAUUGCUUAGACUAUUAAGAGUUUUGUAUAUAUUUUAGUUUUUUCUGAUGAUGUUGAGCACUUCAUAUACAAGAUUGUCUUUAGAAUUUAGAAUCAAUGCCUCAUGUAAAAAAAGCGAUACACCUCAGAUGAGAACCUCUAACAUUUACAAUUUAAAACUGUAAAUAUUGGUAUUUUGUAAAUGUUCUUUUCUUCCUAUCUUGUUCAAGUAUUUGUUAAGUCCGAUCUAUUAUUGUAUGCUGUAACCAAUAAAAAAGGACAUUUUUUUUUGAAUAUCGUUCUUAGAUGUUACAUAUUUGUCGUGAAAAAAUGUGUAUUUAUACAUUUUGCAUUAUUUGAAAGUAGUGUAUUGAUAUUGAUUAUUUCACUUAUUUGCACAUUAUACAUUGACAAGCAUAAAAGAUGGAGAUUUAAAACUCAAUUUGUAUAAUAUGAAAGUUCAUAUGAAAUGAAACUACUUUUAUAUUGAGAGAAUAGACUUCAGAAUGUUGAGUGCAAUAUUUAGGAUAAUACUGCUUGAUAUUUAACAUUUGUAAUUUUUACUGCCAAUUGUGUGAGUGAAAUGUUUAUUUUAGUAUUUUAUGUUUUUAUUGUCUCACAUUUACUAAUUAUUCAUUAUUAUUGUUAUUAAUUAAUGAUCACUUCGGACUAUCUUUAAUCGCUGUUAAUCCCAUUUUGAUGUGCUGUUCACUUGGUUUAUAAUUUCUGGUGAACUAGACACCUUAGAUUGAGUUUUGUGUAAAAGUUUCAUUCUUCAAAUGCAAUAAUUGUUGACAUGAUGGUAUUCAAUGUUGCAAUUGUAAACUUCUGGCGAAAACAAACAACUUCAAAUAUCAACGAAUAGUUACCCUUGUAAUGUUUAAAGUUACCCUUGUUGUAUAUGAUAUAUAAUGAAGGAAGAUAUUGUACAUGAUGGCAUUGCUGUAAUAAGACAGAAUAUAUACACAAUCGUGUAGGAUGAUUUGAACAAAUCUUGCAUUUUAUAAGGGUGAUAAAAUUAACACAGAAAAAAGAAUAAAAUGAAAACAUUUGGCUAAUGAUUGUUAUGUGACCAAACAAUAUUGAAUACCACCACAACAUAAUAAUACAUGUUAUGUAUAUCCAGCAAUACCGUAUAUAUCCUCCCUUGCGUGCUUCCUAUAGAUUUGCUAUUUUCCCUAGGCCAAAUAUUUACAUUGAGUUUCAUUUUAUUCUUGUCCCUGGAUUUACAAAAUCCCAUCAGUACAUUUCCAUCAAACUGUUUAGUUUAUAAUUUAUAUUUGUGUCCUUUUCAUCAGAUUUCUGUUUUCAUGUAUAUUCAAAUUUACAGUGUAGAGCUUUUGGACUGUGUUGCCAUGGUUAUUGUCUUCCAAUUACAGUUAAAGAUAAAUACAGAUAUGAGAUUUUUUCUUUUCUUUUUUCAUAUGAAUUAAUUUAAAGAAUGAUUUUGAAUAUAUUUCGGUCAUGUUAAGUUAGGCUAUUCCAAGAACAAAUGUAUAGAUAAAGUAUAACUUUGUAAGUUUCUUUUUGGUACCUUACCAAAAAGACAUUUGAAGGGGUAGAAGUUUUCUUGUACUGCAUGGAGUUACAAAGUUUAUAUUUAAAUGAUGCAGAGACAAUACAAGUAUAUUUGUGGACGUUUUCCUUACACUCAUAGUGUGUGUAUUUUAAGCCUUGUUACAGUUAUGAUAUUGAGUAUAUGAUUUGUUACAGAAUUGUUUUGUUUUCUUUGCUUACUAGUCUGUUGUGCUUUACAUGCCCAGAUAUAGAUCGACUUUAGAAUAAAAUUCUUAAGAAAG